CAAUCGCAACAGCCUUUCCGUGCUGCUGUGCAUGUUGCUUAUGAAGACCCUGUCCUUGCCACGCAUUGGAGCCAUGUCCCACAAGAGCUGAGGACACGCAGGAUUUGAGUAAGAGAAGCAGUCCGUCCCGCCACCGUGAGAAAAGGUUGCUAUUUUCUUCUUCUUUGUUAAACUUCCCCCUGUUUUCGUGACUGACUGGUUUCCCUGGGACUAGCACGUGGUUUGGUUCAGCAGCACAGCAGUGGGGAGAUCUUUAUCCACCAUGAUCUCGCUCGGCUCCAAGAGCCCAAGGUAAAAGCCCGUGUAGCUGCGAGGCAAGCUCCCAGCAAAGCAAGCCUGGCUCCAGCAGGAGGUGGAGGAUUUGGGCAUUUGUGCUCCGUCAGGAGGUUUCUGCCCACGAGAGCGUGCCCGGGGGAUCGCCGCUGAGCCGGCCGGCCUUGGGGAAGCCAGGCAGCGGCUGGCUCCCACUCUGUAAUUGGGGAAGUAACCAGCUGCCUUUGAUGUCUGAGCCGGGCUGAGAAAACCUGACGGCAGACUUCAAAGUCUGUUGCACCAGCUCCCCUGAUUAUCUGUAGGCUUCUGGCACAUCCCCCAAGACUGCCAGAUUAUCCCGGCUAAUGCUGUGCUCUUCUCCGCAUCCCCCCACCCUGCCUGGCGCCAGCCCCUUGCUUUCGAGGCUGCAUCCCCCAUCUCUCCCUGUCCUUCUGCCCCUCCCCGGUCACUGUUGGUAUGUGGCAAUGGCAUUUCUGGGUGGGGGCUGUGGCUCCUGAGAUCUGUGGAGCAAAGGCAGAGGAAGCAUUUUUGGAGAGCUUGCCUAUAGCCGGCACCCCUGGGCAGUGUUCCCUCUCCCGGUUUGGUCUCCAGAGCAGCCCAAAACGCAGGGAGCUGCGGGCGGCUGCCCUUCGCAAGGCACCGAGGUGUUUACAGCCAAGCAGGUGCUGCGUGCCUUUCCCCUCCAAAAAGGCUCUGGGGAGCAAGGCUCCCGUCCACGCUGCUCCAGGACGGGUGGCACAAACUGAGGGGUGAGGAGGGGCUGGGAGGAGAGGGCUGCGUUGGCUUUGCCCCCUUCAGCCUCUCCUCUGGGACCUUGCUGCUCCAACUAGUCUCUAGCUCCUUUGCCACCCGCGCUUCGGUGCUCGGGGAGCCCCAGGGUGCUCGUCUGUGAGUGGAGAUGCAGAGGGCAGGUCAUUACUCGGGGCUGGCUCAGAUGGGGUGAGGGGUGAUGGUAGAGUCACGGGGCUGAGCAGAGGCCCCAGAGCUUGUGGGUCUUCCAGAGCCGUUUGUUUUCACCUGGGAUGUUGCAUAGCAAUGCUAAAAGCUCAUGGGGGAACCCUUCUUUUUAAUAGCUAGGGUUUUUUUCUCCCAGAGCAAGCAACGUUGGCAGUGGCUGAAAACCCUUCCUGUGCAAAGCCAGAUUUGCCCAAGACAUGGUUUGAGGUCUGGUUUCCUUUGGAAGGUGGGGUUCGUUGCCACUUUUCAGAAGGUGGGGUAGGCUGAGCCCCCUGCUGCGGUGGGUAGAAGCCAGCAGCAAUUGCCAUGGCUGCAGGCAGAGGAAAGCACAGCCGCCUGUCCUGGUUUCAGCUGCCCUAAGCCCAGGCACCCAAAUGGGGUGAGGGAGCUCGUGGGGAACCAUAUAGCCAGACGGGGGAUCUGAGCUGCAGCCUGUCCUCUAUACUUGCCUAAUUGCUUUUGGGUCUCAGCACUCUGUUCCCCCUGAAAACCAACACUGACCAUGGGGCCACCUCCUUCAUCCUCAACAGCUUCCUCCACAGCAUUUCUACCCUGCCGCAGGAGUGAUCUUGCCUGAUUCCCAUUCCACCCCAUGCUCCUUGCAGUGUGCAAGGGGAGUGUCUGGUCAGCACUUGCCUGUCUGGGAGGUUUCCAAGUCACCAUGGAUGUUGCAGAUCGCUGCUGUGCUCUUUUAGGUAGAAUCUAACUUCACCCUGGCUGCAUUUGGCUUGGUAAAACUUUUCAUGCUGCAUUUUUGGUGCUCCUUUUCUGGAAAGCUUUGGCCCAAAGUGGCUAGCAGCAUCCAAAAAGGGUGCCUGCAAAGACAUCCAGGGGGGCAGGAGCAAGGAGAAUGGGUAUGGAGGCGUGCAAUUAAAGAUGGUCAUCACCUGCCUGAAAGCCAAAGCCAGUGCUGUGGGUGACCUGACCUCUGGCCUUGUGCUCUGGAGUGGUACUCUGCUGGGGUGCACUGAGGUGACCCUGCUGCGCAGGUGCUGGCAGUAGUGAGGCUGUGCCAAGGGCUAGAGAGCAAUAGCAUUUAAUGCCUGUGGUCCUGGUACAGCACUUCAGCUCACCAAGUCAGGUGCACAUGUACUGCCUGGCUCAGAGGAGGCAAGUCCUCUGCUCCUCACAGGUAUGGACAGGGACCCUUUGUGCUAUCCAAGAAGUGUAUUUCCCCCUCACUUCCCAUCUGGUGCCAUCUCCAGGAAAGAAGGCUAAGGUGAUCUUUCUCCCCAUGGAUUUGGCUUCCCUGGUGUGAUUGCUAAUGGUAACGCUGUCUUUGUAAAGGAUUCUCUGAUACUCUUCCUCUACCCUGCCUUGCGUGGUUAAUAGCCCUGCCUUAUGUCUUGUUGCACUUAUUUCCCAGGGAAGGAAAGAGUAAGUUUAAGACUGCGCAGUCCCAGGGAGAAGGAGCUGAUGGUUUUGUCCACAGAACAUCGUCAUUGCUAGUGAUGGGGCUGGGCCAGGCAAUCCUAUUCUCCCCGGCUCCUCUGUUGCAAAUGUGAACAGCGACUCAUGCAUCAUUAGAGUUGCAAGCUCGGAGUUAAACUGUACCCAUGUGUGUGUUUAUCUGCACACUGACUGUCGGAAGCUUACGGAGUUUGAACUCCAAGUCUCCUUUCCAUUUGCUCUGUCACUGUAGCAGAGAUGCUUUUCCCUCCUCCGAAGUGGUAAGCAGGUCAGCUUACUGUCAGCAGGAUCAUCCCUGGGGCACUGCUGGCAGUGGGUUGCUCUUGGAAAGCAAUCCUCUUCAUCCCUUUCCUUCCUUGCAGCCGGGAACAGAAGCCGACCACACAGUUAUUAUGGCUGUGUGCUUGGCUGUGUCCUGCUGCCAUAGGAUGAAGGCUCUUCCCACCAACGGCUCUGCUGGGGCACUCCACCACUUGCAAGCCUCUGCUGUAUCUGCUCACCUCCUCUGAGGAGCCAGCGCAUGGGUUUCAGCCCUGCGCUGCCCCCUCUUCGCUCAAAACAGGUGCUGCUCCGCUGCUCCAUUUCAUUGCAGCAAGGUGGGGGGUGGCAGGGGACAGGUGAGAUCCUGCAGGGACCUCCCUGCCUGCUGCAACAGCCCAUCUCCCUGGGUUGGAUUUGGCUUUCUGGAGAGCUGCGCGGUGCUGUGGGAGCUGCGCGGUGCCGUGGGAGCCGCACGCACAGCGUGGUGAGGAGCUGGGUAAUGGAGGCACGAGCUUUGCAAUGAGGAGCCUCUGCCUCUACCUCCCGGCCCCUCAGGCUUUCAUGUGAAUCAGUUUAUUAAAUGGGGAGAGGAGGGACCUCAUGUUUGCUUUGGUUUGUUACAUGAAUCUCAUUCCCUCUAGGAGUCCUAUGGGAUUAAGCAAAAGGACUUGUUUUACAGUUGGUUUUUCCUUGUGAAUCCCUGAGCUAAUUUAGUUAUUCAGUCGAUGCCCCAGCAGCAUGGCAGGAGCAGCGUGACUCGGGGGUAAAUGCCUUGUGCUGUCAUCCUUUCUGGGAAAAAAAAAAAUAUAAUCAACCAACUAAAAAAAACCCCCACAAUCUAAACAACCCCCCAGAAAAUCCCAAAUAAAUCCUUUUAAAGAGUGUCCCUGGUUUAAGCCCCUUGCUAAUGUUUGGCUGCAUGCCUGAGAGGCUGGGUUUUUCCUGCCUGGGAUGUGCCCAUCAGUCUCCCACCGUGUCCCUGGCACCUGCUGGGCAGGAGCAGCAACAUACCCCAGGCCCUGCGGUGCCGACGGCGCGAUGCCACGUGGCAGCCGAUGCCCCCCCAGCACUUGUCUCGGGCUGUGCCAGCAGCCUCCUGGCCUCAGCCCCCCCAGCGCAGCUCCCCGGGGUCCCACCACCCCUGCGAGCGGUGCGGAUCUGGGAUCCCCUGCACCCAGGUGCCAGCCCAUGGGAUGUGCUUACAGGAGAGCGUUCCUGGACCAUUUCUGGCUGUGUGGUGAUCCUUUGAGAACCGAUAAGCUGGCUGGGCUGGGCUGGUUGUCACAAAAGAGCCUCCUGACCAUGUUGCCAAUGGGCUGGUUGGGGGGGAUGUACUGUGGGAGAGACAUCUCACUUGGGGUGCCCCACUGCACCCCAAGGCAGAGCUUAGUCUGCUGUCCUUGGGGAGCAUUGUGCCAUCCCAACCUGUACCCGAGGCAUCACGCUGCUGUCUGCAGCUAUGGAAAACAAAUAGCUGGAGGGGGCUUCAGCCCUGGAAAUCUGCCUCCAUCCCCCCCCGGGGUCUGGCUCCUUGCCCCCUGCUAACAGCCAUUCCGUGCACCCGAGUGGGAGUCGCGAGGUGGAGGAUUAGCCUGUGAGCUGCAGUCGGACAGCACAACUACAGCUGGCAGUGCCGGGCACCUGGCAGGCACACAGCGGCAGCAGGGGCCUUGGUCAUCACCGUUGCCCAGGUGGUGUGGGGCCAGGGUGACGGCUGUCACCUCCCAGAGGCGUGCUGCUUUGCUGUCGCACCCCGCUCUCCAGCCUCUCCCCAUCAUUUCUAAGCAGCGGAAACCACCAGCACCAGGCAGCUUCCUCCCAGCCGCUUUCAAAAACAGCCGUCACCAUCGCCCACGAGAGCUUUCCACCACUUCUCUGGAAGAGGACGCAAGUGGAGCUGUUCGCCAUGGGCCUGGUGCGCUGCCUGGCGGGUGCCUUCCUCUUCUUCCUCCUCCUGGGUGAGUGCCCUGCCUGGUCGUGGGGGCUUAUCUGGGGCAGGUGAGGGGGGAAAUAAGGCACCCCCUUGGUGCAGACCGGACCUUUGCAGGCAGGUGGCUCAGCAGGGUGCCUGGCGUAGCCCCUGUCGCCAGUGCUGCUCUGGCUUGGUGGCCCUGGGAAUAAGUGCAGAAGCAUGUUCUCCUUUCAGCACCGUGGUUUCACUUGAAAGCAUUUGCCCAGAUGAUCCCUGGCAGGGCUUCAGUGAGGGGACAUGCACACCCCUGCUGCAUGGCUGCUGGGGGUGCAGAGAGGGUUACCUCCUCCGCCGUUCCCUUGAGAGGGGGUUUCUGAGGGUUUCUUAGGCUGCGCUGCCACCAGCUCUUUUCCCUGGCCUGGUCUUCAUGGUUGAUUCUUGACCCAGUGCUGAUGUCCUCUGGGCGUUUUGCUCAGUGUGCAUGCUGGGCACCAGAACAGAGUGUCACCACUGUGAGCUCUGCGUGAGGGGAGGGUGCACAGAUGGCCAUCACCUCCCCAAACCCUCUGCAGGCAGAAACAGAGGGAGUCCUUGAUGCCUCCUGGUGCCUCCUGCCUUCAGAGGAGCUCUUGCUGGCAUCCUUCUCCCACACUCUCCCUGGUUUCUGUCCAUGGAGCACCUCUGCAGCACCCAGCCUGCCCGUUCCCUCCACGGUCCCUUGUCCCUUUGCUUCUGCACUGCACCUCCUUCUCUGGUAGUGGUCAGCUCUGGCACCUGCUCUCCCCAUCCAGCUUGUGCAGGACCUCAGUGCUUGGCCCUCUUAAUUUUAGCACACCACAAGCUUCCUCCAGUGAUCUCAGCCUGCUUGCUGCUGCCUCUGAACAGCUGGCUGAGAGAUAUUUCCAGCUAUGAACAGGCUUGACAGCCCUGUGGCUAUGAUGUUCUGGUCUCUGUCGUGUGACCCCUAGUGUUCUAGGAGACAAGAAAGUUUGCAGAUCUGUUGUUACAGGACUUCUUCUUACGAUUGCAAGGGGUGUGAAGUCCCUCGGACUUUGUGCUUCAAAAAAAUGAGACUGCCCAGCAAUUCUUUUCAGUAUUAUGUUGCAGUCCUGUGCACACCCAGACCCGCUGCCACGUUGGGUGUGCAGCCCUUGGGUACCAUAUACCCCUGCAAACGCCACGCGUGCUGUUUGCCGGCAGGUCGGAGCGCUGGCCAGCGGGUGGUGGCUGUUCAGAAGGGACCUCUCUACCGCGUGAGGGGGUCCCACGUCACGCUGUGGUGCAAGGUGAGCGGCUACCAGGGCCCGACAGAGCAGAACUUCCAGUGGUCCAUCUACCUGCCCUCGGCCCCUGAGCGGGAGGUGCAGAUCGUCAGCACCAUCGACCCCUCCUUCCCCUACGCCAUUUACACCCAGCGUGUGCACAGCCGGGGGAUCUACGUGGAGCGGGUGCAGGGGGACGCCGUCCUGCUGCACAUCACCGAGCUGCAGGACCGGGAUGCCGGGGAGUACGAGUGCCACACGCCCAACACCGACGAGAGGUACUUUGGGAGUUACAGCGCCAAAACGAACCUCUCAGUGAUUGCAGACACCCUCACAGCUUCCAUGGUGGCCCAGGUCCUCACCCGCUCUGAAGGGGAUGUGGUGGAACUCACCUGUGAGGUGUCCAAGUCCACUGCCCAGCACACGCAUCUCUCUGUUGGCUGGUACCAUCUUCAGGGAGCAGGAGAGCACCAUGCCGAGGAGGUCCUCAUGCUCUCCAAGGACUUCGUCUUGAGGCCAGGGUCCUCUUACACGCGCAGGUUUCUGGCAGGGGAUGUGCGGCUGAACAAGGCUGGGAAUACCACGUACAAGCUUUUCAUCGGUGGAGUGGAGCCAUCCGACCAGGGACAGCUGUACUGCGAGGCAGCCGAGUGGAUUGAGGAUCCUGAUGGAACGUGGGAGGUCAUCUCCCGCAAGCAAACAGGGAGGACGUUGCUGGUGGUCAUAAGCCAGGGCAGAGACCUCUCCGUGGGCAUCGCUGCUGCUGAAAGCUCCCUUUCUGAAGGUGACACCUUGCAGCUACAUUGCAUGGUGGGAGCCCAGAAGAGCAGCAGCAGGCACUUCCAAGUGCUUUGGCUCCUCAACGGCAUGGAAGUGGUCAGGGUUGACCCCCAUGGGGUAUUGUUUUGGGAGGAAGAAUACGAGGAGAGAGCCAAGCUGGGGCAGCUCCGAGCAUUCAAGGAAAGCAACGCUGUUUACAUCCUCACCAUCUACGAGGUCAGGCUGAAGGACAACGGUACAUACCGCUGCUCUGUUUCAGAGGUGAAGACUGAAGACUUUUACAGCAUCCAGACCAACCAGUCAUCAGGCAUCCAAGUUGAUGUGAAGCCAAUAGAGAGCCAGAUGCGCCUGUCCGUGUCCACCAGCACACCACAGGUUAUGGCAGGAGAUGCCUUGAUCCUCCUUUGUGAGGUGCAAGGAGCGUCCAGCCCUGUGUCUGUGCAGUGGUGGCACCUGCCACCGAAGCACCCGGGUCCCCAGGUGCUGGUGGCCACCAUGGAGCAGGACGGCACCCUGAUCCUGGGCAGCACCUACCGGGACGGCAGGACUCGGGGGAGGCUCCGGCUGGAGAAGGCGAGCUCCGGUGUUUUCACCCUGGUGAUCCCCAACACGUUGGACGAGGGUGACGGUGGGUGGUAUGGGUGCAAAGCGACGGAGUGGUCCCGAGGCCGGAGCUGGACAGAGGAGGGGGAGACAGCAGUGACAGUCAGCUCCAUGGGUCUCAGUCUGCAUGCCACGCUGAGAAGCCGAAAUGCCAUUGUCAGAUAUGGGCAGAAUUUGGAACUUGUCUGCCAAGUGAGCGCCAGCUACACCCUCGAGGAUGUGCCGAUGUCCGUGGGGUGGUUUUUCCAGCCCAGCCUACCCAGUUACCACCACUACGAGCUGGUCCGGGUCUUUCCCAACGGCACCAUGGCCUGGGGAGCAGCACAGCUGAGCUUCCAGGGAAAAGCCCAGCUGAUGAAGGCUGCCACAUCCUUCAGCCUGUGCGUGCGUGAUGCCAUGGCUGCCAAUGAGGGGACGUACCAGUGUGAAGUGGAGGUCUGGAGAAGGAACACCCUACCGCUGGGGCAGCCAGCAGCCACCACCAGGUCCAAUGCUGUGGGAAUAAAGGUGGUGCUGCCAGAAAGCAAGCUUCGGGUAGCCACAAAAGAGAGCUCUCUGGAGGUCGUCGGCGGUGCUGACACAGCCAUUGAGUGCAGGAUUGUAUCUGCCCGGAAUAAUUCUCAGUUCACCAUUACCUGGUACCUCCUACCUCCUUCUCUGGCAAAUGCAAGCCCUCUGCAAAUCGUAAGGGCCAACUACAGCAGCAUGCUGGAAUACGGGGCUGAGUACAGCUCUCCUCCACAAAAGUCCAGGUUCCUGAGCCAGAGGGUGUCCAGGAACAUUUUCUGGCUGCAGAUACUCUCUGCAAAACCCAGGGACCAGGGCAGGUACUACUGUGUGGUAGAGGAAUGGCUCUGGCUGGUGGACGGCUGGUACAAACUUGGAGAGGCAGCAUCGGGAGGGACCACGCUGGAGUUCAAGCUCCCAGAGCGUGAACUGCAGCUGGAGAAAACCAACCGCAGCAUCUCAGCCAGGGAGGGCGAGGAGGUGACACUGCCCUGCCUGCUGCAGGGUGCCCGCCAGCCCACCACCACCCACCUCGCAGCCACCUGGUUUCGGAGUGAGGAGAACGGCUCCAUCAGGUCCCUCCUCACCCUCCACUGCAACGGUGCCAUCGAGUACCCCCGCGAGAGCCUGGCGGGGAGGCUGCACCUCCGCCGCCCCACCGCCACCGACUUCAGCCUGACACUGCACAGCGUGGAGGAGGGCGAUGCUGGGGUGUAUCACUGCCGGGUGCAGGAGUGGCAGCAGCAGAGCAAGGGGAAGGACUGGGCUCUGCGAGCCUUGGCGUGCUCAGGGUACAUCCAGCUGACUACCAUCCCACCAGGGUCAACUGUUUUGUCUAGGAUCUGCUCAUCCCCAUCACUGCUGAACUUCAUCCUCUACUUUCCGCUGGUUCUGUUCCUUCUCCUGGUCCUUGCUAUCUUCUGCUGGUACUUAAAAUUUGGAAAAAGCAAGAAGGCUAACUUCACAGGUGACCAGCUGAUGGAACUGCAAGGGUCUGGAAGGGUCCAGAAGACUUAGCUGGUCUGUAAUGGCAGCUGUAACUUGCAGGAAUGGAGCUGGACAGCUGAGGAGGACUGAGUACGUUCAGAGGGGCUUUUAUUGUUUUGUAGUAGCUCUUGCAAUGAAUCCUUGAAAUUGCGUGUUUACUUUCAGUGGAAUGAAGCGGCUUUGGAUUACUAAGCAAAUAGGGUUUUGAUAACGGGUGUUCCUGCCUCGUAGGUUAGGUGCCCACCCAUUUCACACUCUGUUCGUUGUGGUAUAUUUGAGCUCCUUGCAGUAUGUGUCUCCCACUGUGGGUGGAAGUGGUGUUACUCCUCUACAGGUAUAAGGGGAAAAACAGCUCUUUUUGCACUGCAACACAAAACGAUCAAAUUGCUACUCAUUUUAGGUGACUUGACAAAAAUCUAUGUCGUGUGCAGGCUAAAAACCAGUGGCAGGGCUGCAAGUGGAGCAUUGAUGUCCCUUCUAAGGCAUUGCACUCUCCUUUGCCUACCCUUUGCUGGGAAAGCUCUCAGACACUGCGGUCUCCUUGUUCUGAGAGUGCCUGUGCCCAAAGAGCAUCUUCUCUGAAAGGAAACGGGUCUUCAUCACCAAACCUGUCACAGGAACACGAACUGAGCAAGGCUGGCUGGGGCUGAAGAAAGUCCAUAGCAGUGGUACCACAGCCAUCCACAAAAACCAAACCCUGUUGACCCAGUAAGGGACUCGCAUGAAGUCUUGGAUCCCAGAAGGAAGAAGCGGACACCAAGCCGUCUUGGAGAUGGGUGUACAAAGACUUUCCAACUCCUUCUUUUCCUGACACUGCUGUAGGAAAAGGCAGCAUCCAGCCCCCCAUGCCUGGGCUGUCUGUGGGUCAGGAAGCUGCAAGGCUGGGGUGUAGUAUUUGACGCCUCCAGGUUGUACCAUGUAAUAAAAAAAUCUGUGUGUGCUCGCAGGGCAGUUCCUCUGUGCUCUGGGAUCCAGCUCACCUUUUCAGGGCUGAGCAGCUCUGCUACCUGAAGGCUGGCUGGCUGGUGCAUUAGGGGAAAGGAGACUUCAGUGCAGCCCCUAUAAGCCAAGGGAUCUUGGCCCCUAAUCGUGCCAAGUGGGAUGUGGUCCCAGCGAGUUGUAAGGUCAGAUGUUGGGGCAACACCUAAGGCACCAUCCUCAGACAAAAGCAGACAUAUAGAAAUCAUGGCAUGUUGUUCAUGAACCUGCUUCCUUUGACCAGAGGGCGGGUUGGGGUCACCACAGCCCAUUUAGAUGAUCUAUUCACAUCCUUUGCUUUUCUUAAAAUUAGAAAAAACCGUCUGCUCUGCAUCCUGAGGAACUGGGAGGCGCUUCAGUCCCUUUCUCCUUGAAACAGCACUUUUUGCAUUGGUUUGAAGACUCCUGCUCUUGUUUACCUGUUCAGCCACUUCUGUCUGUAAAGGCUGGCUCCAGCUUGCUUAGCCUUUCCCUGCAGGUUUUUUUUCUGAACCUCACGCAGCUUUUCCCUUUGCAGCCCUGACCCCAGCUGUCUCUCCCGCCGUGUGAGUGCUCAGAGCCGCACGUGGGGCUCUCUGCAGAGGUUUCCCCCCUGCCUUGUGGUUUAUGUCCCGUUUACACAUCCCAGUAGGAUGUUUGAUUUUCUGUGUGUGUGUGACAGCGCAGCACUGUUUGUGCUUGCCUCGAAAUCGGCAGGCUCCUCUCCUGCAGAUUGGCUGUCUAGCAAGUUGUUUCUCCACUGUGUGUUCAGGUUGUUGACUUUUCCUAUCUCAUCGAAGCACCGUUUGCACGGGUCUGUUGAACAACUUUCUGCACCCUUUUGCAAAAGAUCCUGCUGUUUGUCUUAGUCCUGUCUUGAUAACGCUGUAACUCAUGGACCAGUUUCAGUCCUUUUUGACAGAGCAGCAGAUGCUCCCAGGACAUCAAACUCCUACAAGCUUUGUGAAAAGUGGUAGCUGGAUGCAGGAGAGGAGGCAGGCGAGUUGUCCCAGCCCGGGAAGGCUGCAGUGUGCGUUGCCUGACAGCCAGCCCUGAGCGAGCUGUACGCUGGCUGCCUGGCACCAAGCUCGUAAGGGAUACAGAAAGGAGCUGUAGGUGUGUUAGGGCCUGGGAAAGGAAAGAAGGAACCAUUUUUGACCACAAACUAUUAACAAUUAAUCUGUGUGCAUAGUUUAUCUACCAACUUUGUGCUGUCUCUCUAUGUUUUCAUUGGGAUUGUUUUCUUAGCUUGCCCGUAAGAGUACCUUGGGAGUAUGCUCCUUCACAAGCCUUGGUAGAGUCAAGAAUAUACGAUGCCCUCUGCCUACCCCUCCCACAAGGCUUGCAGCCUUCCUGCAGGGGAGAUUAGAUAGGUCUGACACGCUCUGUUCUUGUUUAAAACAAACAAACAAAAGUUUCUCUUCUUUUUUUCUUGCAUUCUUCUAGGUGUUUGUAAGACUUUGUAUAUCCCUGAGGACUGCAGUUAAGAAGAUGCAGGUGUUUAGUUUCCCCUUCUUUUUAAAAAUAAUAUAGCCCCUUUCUUGUCACUUGAAGUCUCACACCUCCUCAGGUGUUACUGCAGCAAACCACUAAUGGAUGACUUGACAGCCCACUCUUUAUGUGUCUUAGGAUGAACCUCAUCAGGAAGCCUUCUGCUCCAAAAUCUGAUUUAUUCAGGUUGCUACUUCAGAGCGCUGGGGUGGUGGUACGGGACAGCCCUUACCCUGCCGCAGCAGUCGCAUGUGUGGGUCAGUCUCCGUACGCCGUGUGAGCCCUAUGAGUGACUUGGCUGGGCUUGGUGCAUCCCCCAAGCCCUUGCUGGCCCCUCGGCCACCUUGGUGCACCAUUGCAGGUCUGUGGAGGCAUCUUUGCUGCCAUCUGAUCUUCAUGUGAAAAGCUGCAGACCUUACUGCAACACAAGGGGUUUGUGUCUGGUGCACUAGGGGAGGAGGGGGGCAGGGAGCAGGAGGUUUCCCCAUCAAUGGGGCACUUUCUUCUGUCCUGUUUUUGCUCAGUUAACCAGAGGCCUGUGUAAGUAGCAGCUUUCUAUUCGCAUGGGUUUCGAGGUUUUAAUUUCAGUUUGUAAAGUGUGCCUAGGGCCUUGAUGAAGGGGUCUGCAAGAGGAAUAUGUGUUUUUGCAGUGGCAGGGUUUUUUCUCUUUAUAUUUUUUUUUUCUGGCUUUGCUGGAUCACCGCCAAACCUUUUGGCUAUAUUUUUUAAAGAUGUAUUUUUUUCCGUGAGUGAACUUAGAAAGAGUUGUAACUUACCACAGCAAAAGGUCCAAAACAGUCCUAUUUUUAAAGAGAACAUUUCACUCAGCUGAAGUGAACGUAGGAAAGGGAGAGAGACGUGUGUGUGUGGUGGGUCAAGGGGAUGGUGUUUUGUUGCUGGGGCUUUUGGCCACCUUCACCCACCCCCAUCUUUUUUUCCAGGUCCAGCCUCAAAUGUAAAUUAGAACAGCUGAUAAAAUACGUAUUUUGCUGUUACAGCCCCGUGGGGGAAAACAGUGCAAGAGCACGGUGCCUGCAGCCCAGCAGUGCCCCCGUCACACCCUGUCCCCCCGACGCGCCCUGUCCCCGGGAACGUCCUGUGCAAGGCCAGCAUGUGGUGGGAAGGUCCAGGGUCCUUCCGCAGGCUUUAAAACAGCUUGAAGGGCUAGAGGGCAAUGCAGAGCUGGGCUCGAGGAAUUAAUCCACUGGGAAGCAGUUGCAUGGGGCUAUAGAAACACAAGAGCUGUGUUGUGCUUUUGUGUUUGCUGCAGGAAGGUAUGGAAACUGUAAGGCAAGGGGAGAGCAGCACUGCCUCCUGGGCAAGCGAGCACAACUCUGCAGCUUGGCAGGCCCUCCCUGUUCAGAAGAUGGAUGAUGUAAGGGUGGGAUGGGUGGGAAUAUAAUCCCUGUAUUGCAUUGCCUUCCUGGGACACUUUUAUAGCACCUGCCUUUGGGCAGGAGCAAGGCCAGCACUGGGUGACCACCAGGACAGCUCGUCCAACAUGCAGCGGGACGGAGGAUCAAACCAGUGACUCUCUCACCUAAAGCUGGGUGCACUGAGGACCUUUUGCUUCAAGGUUCCUCUGUCCUGUGAGGAGGGGAGGGCGGGUGAUGAGGCAAUUGCUGUGCAGGAGCGGUGGGAAGUGGCUUGCGAGCAAGGAGAUGCUUUGCACCCUGUGGCAGCCGAUGGCUCCAUGUUCCCUGGCCUGCCCUGCUCCCUGGGAGCACUGGGCACAGCAGCAGCAUGCUGUCAUGUGCUGCCAGGGCAAGGUUGUUGAGGAAGGUUGCCAAACUUCCCAGAAAUGCUUCCAAACAAACGACUUGGAGUUCUCCUGGGGUGUCCCCUCUCAAGCAGCGUCUCUUCAUUCCUUCCUGUUAACUCUGAGUUGGGUUUGAAAUUUGCCAUCUUGUUUUCUUCCUGUGAGAAACUAUUUAAAAACUGGAAAUAAAAGAUGCG